AUUUUAACUAGUCCUUGUGAUGUCAAAGUUUAUUUGAAGCUUAAUCUCAAGAUGUGGUAAUUCUAGUUUUUUAUGGUGACUUUAUGAUCAAAAUAGUGCUUGUGAGGUCCUUGAAAAUGGCUCCUAACUGUCUUACCAAAAACUCCACUGAACCCAGGAAGCUGUCAAAAAAAAUGUCAUUGACAACUAAAGUUAAAUUAUUGGAUAUGCUCAAGUCAGGCCGCCGCACUGCAUGGGUUGCACGCCAUUAUAAAGUGAAUGAAUCAACAGUUCGCUUGCUGAGAAAAAAUGAAACUAAAAUUCGUGAAGCUGCAUUAGCACCCCAAAACCCUGGGCAAGUUAAAAUUAAUUAUUAUAGGCAACUGUUGCAAAUGGAGAAUGCUUUAGCAAAGUGGAUAACAGAUCAUAAAGAUUUAGAUAGUCUUGAUACUGAUAUGAUUCGGACAAAAGCCAAAGCCCUUCAUAAAAGCUUCACUCCUGAAAUAGUCUAUAAUGAAUAUGAAGAUAAUGACAAUGCAGAAAAAUAUUCUCAGAUUACUACCAGUGACUCGAGUGCAUUGCCCCCACGAAGAAGACGUGCUUAUGUUUCCAAAAUCCGAGGUUUUAGCGCCAACAAGAACUGGUUUGAGAAAUUCAUUAAAAAGUUUCACCUUCCUUUGCAUUGGAAAAGCUCCUCAGCUGAACAAGAGGCAGAACAACAGACACAUCGUGAGGCAGACCAAGAGGCCAAUCUAGAGGCAGAUCAAGAGGUAGAUCUAGAGGCAGAUCUAGAGGCUGAUCAAGAGGCACAUCUAGAGGUCGAUCAAGAGGCAGAUCUAGAGGCUGAUCAAGAGGCACAUCUAGAGGCCAAUCAAGAGGCAGAUCUAGAGGCCGAUCAAGAGGCAGAUCUAGAGGCCGAUCAAGAGGCAGAUCUAGAGGCCGAUCAAGAGGCAGAUCUAGAGGCCGAUCAAGAGGCAGAUCAAGAGGCACAGCUAGAGGCAGAUCAAGAGCUAGACGAAGAUGUAGCUGCUCCUCAACACGUCAAGGACAAAUUUCCAAAGCUGAUUGAUGGUGUCAACUCUGCAGCCAAGUCCCCAGCCAAGUCCCCAGCCCACCCCUCAGCCAAGUCCCCAGCCAAGCACAGCACCAGCAGCAGGAGGCAGCUGGAGAAGCGGUUGCUGCACUGCAGCUUCUGCAGCUUCGCGUGCUGCUGCGGAGCGAAGCUGAGGUGGCACACGGAGAAGCACAUGCAGCCUGAGCGCAUUGACUGCCCCUUCUGCCCCUGGGGCAUGCCAUACAAG